UUUAAUAAACGAAAGAAUGCAUGUGAUUUGAAGAAAAAGACAUUUAAGUUAGUAAAUGGUUGAAGCAGAACACAAUAUAAAUGAUUAGCGAUUCUGAGCGCCGUAGUAGUUUUAAAUCACUUCGAAGCGCUUCGUUGGUCAGUUCUAUCUUUGACAGUCCUGCAACCAAAAUACACCCGCUUGAUCCAACUGCCGAUAUCGAAUUACAGUCGCCAGGUUCUCCCGAAAGACGGAGUAUUUAUGAUUCUACUCAAGUACCUCACGCACAUUUAGGACGACCUUUACCUGGCAGAAGUGGAGAAAUCAGAAAGCAGCAUAGAAGGACUGUUAAUAGAAAACCAAAAUACCAUAUUUCUGAGCAUAACGGAGCCCCAUCGUAUUUUAGGCGGGCAAAUCACUCUACAAAUAGAACACCACAAUAUUCACCAUCAUCAUCAAACAACAUGGAAUUCUUACGAGGUGUUUAUGCGUUUAUGCAAGUGAGUAGAUCAUCGGUGAAUCACGUGAAAAUAGACUCAACGAUUUUUCGAUUACACACCAAUGCAACUGUAAUACUACUAGUUACUUUUUCUAUUGCCGUUACAACAAGACAAUAUGUAGGAAAUCCUAUCGAUUGUGUACACACGAGAGAUAUUCCAGAAGAUGUGCUCAAUACUUACUGCUGGAUUCAUUCAACUUAUACAGUUGUAGAUGCAUUUAUGAAAAAACAAGGUCAUGAAGUGCCCUUUCCUGGAGUAGACAAUACUCAGGGCAGAGGAGCUGUAAAAAUUAAACAUACUAAAUACUACCAAUGGGUUGCAUUUACAUUAUUUUUCCAAGCAAUUUUGUUCUACACACCAAGAUGGCUAUGGAAAUCAUGGGAAGGUGGAAAAAUACACGCAUUAAUGAUGGAUUUAGAUAUCGGUAUUUGCUCUGAAAUUGAAAAGAAACAAAAGAAAAAACUUCUUUUAGAUUACCUGUGGGAAAACCUAAUGUAUCACAAUUGGUGGGCGUACAGAUAUUACAUUUGUGAAACUUUGUCACUUGUAAAUGUCGUGGGACAAAUGUUUCUGAUGAACAAAUUUUUUGAUGGCGAAUUUUGGACAUUCGGAUUCGAUGUAAUUUCACAUAUGGAAGCGGAUCAAGAGGAUCGUAUGGAUCCUAUGAUAUACAUAUUUCCUCGAAUGACAAAAUGUACAUUCUACAAAUAUGGCGUUAGUGGAGAGGUUGAACGACACGAUGCUAUUUGUAUUCUUCCAUUAAAUGUAGUUAACGAAAAAAUAUACAUUUUUUUGUGGUUUUGGUUUAUUCUUCUUUUCAUUCUAUCAGCUUUAACACUAUUUUAUAGAAUAAUCAUUAUAUUUUCUCCACGCAUGAGAGUUUAUCUUCUAAGGUUAAGAUUUAGAUUAGUACGCAGAGAUGCAAUUGAAAUAAUUGUCAGAAGGUCAAAAAUGGGAGAUUGGUUUUUGUUGUAUAUGUUGGGUGAGAACAUCGACAGCAUCGUUUUUCGUGAUGUAAUGCAAGAUUUAGCAAAUAGAUUAACAAGUAACCAACAUCAUCGUGUUCCUGGCAUAAAAGGUGAAAUUCAGGAUGCAUGAUAUUGGGCCUAAUACAUAUAAUAAUAAUAAUUAGCAAAUUAUUUUAUAAUAACAAUAUAAUAUACCUUUCAUCAGUGUUCUGACCAAAAUUAUGGUUUAUCAAAAGAGAAGUGUUGAUAUUGUGAAAAGUUUAAAAUUUUAUAAUAAAAUUACUACUACAAGUCACAUUUCAUUGAUAUACUCUUGAUAUUAGAAUGAGAAUCGCUCAUAAAACUAUUGCCUACUGAAUUAACUAUAGAACAAAAAAAACAUUAAACUUAAAUGAACAUUAACACUUAUUAAUAACAAAUAUAGACAUAUUUAACACUAACAAAAGUGCGGUGAAGACACAAAACACCCGUCCAAGAAAAAUAGAUAUAAAAACUGAAUGGAUUACCGUUGAUUAUGUUUUUCUUUUGAAAAUUCUCAUAAUUUCCCAAAAGAGUCAAAUCUACCAGCUCCGUAUCAAUUUUGGGAUCGGACUUUAACACUACAUCAACACUAUAACAUAAAUACACAUCACACACACAAGCCGAAUACAAGUAAUACUCAAACACCGUUAGUCUCUUUUAAUAAAUAAUUAGAAUAUUAUAAAAUAACAGUCUUAAACCCCGAUUAAACUGCAUAAAACGUACAGAUCUUAAUAAUACUCACUACAAUAUAUAUCAUAAAAUUUAACCGAUUUUAUAAUUUAUA